AUGGCGCAGACGAUCUUCGAGGCCCUGGAGGGAAUGGACAACCAGACCGUCCUGGCUGUCCAGUCGUUGUUGGAUGGUCAAGGAGCAGUCCCUGAUCCAACAGGCCCGAGUGUCAGUGCACCCCCUGCUAUCCAGCCGCUGGGUGAUGAGGACGUCUUUCUCUGCGGGAAGUGUAAGAAGCAGUUCAACUCACUGCCGGCGUUUAUGACGCACAAGCGGGAACAGUGCCAGGGGAAUGCCCCGCCCCUGGCCACAGUGUCACUGGCCACCAACAGCAUCUACACGCCUUCCGCAGCACCCACAGCAGUCCCGCAGGCCCCACCUCCGACGAAUCGCCAGAUCUCCACGUAUAUCACAGUGCCCCCAUCCCCGCUGAUCCAGACCUUGGUGCAGGGGAACAUCCUGGUGAGCGAUGAUGUGCUCAUGUCUGCCAUGUCAGCUUUCACAUCCCUGGACCAACCGAUGCCCCAGGGCCCCCCGCCUGUGCAGAGCAGCCUGAACAUGCAUUCUGCGCCCAGCUACCUCACCCAGCCUCCACCACCCCCGCAACCCCCUCCGCCACUGCCCCCACCCCCACCCCCUCAACCUCCACCCCCACCACCUCAGAGCCUGGGCCCCGCCGGGUGUUCCAACCCUGGUGGGAAUGGCGUGGUGGAGGUGUACAGCGCCACGGCACCCCUGGCUGGAAGCGGGACAGUGGAGAUCCAGGCAUUGGGAAUGCAGGCCUACCCACCCCUGGAGGUGCCAAACCAGUGUGUGGAGGCUCCAGUAUACCCCGCACCCCCAGUGUACAGCCCCGGCAAACAGGGAUUCAAACCAAAAGGACCCAACCCCGCUGCCCCCAUGACCAACGCCACUGGGGGCACGGUGGCCACCUUUGACUCCCCUCCAGCGCUGAAGACUCGACGGGCCAAGGGUGCCAGUGGACUCCCAGAAGCUGCAGGGAAGCCAAAGGCUCAGAAACUCAAGUGCUCAUACUGUGACAAGUCAUUCACCAAAAACUUCGACCUGCAGCAGCACAUCCGAAGCCACACUGGUGAGAAACCCUUCCAGUGCAUUGCAUGUGGCCGCGCCUUUGCCCAGAAGUCUAAUGUCAAGAAACACAUGCAGACUCACAAGGUGUGGCCUCCAGGGCGCAGUGGUAGCACCAUCUCACGCAACUCUGUGACUGUGCAGAUCAUGGCCCUGAACCCCAGCCGACAGGAGGACGAGGAAAGCACAGGGUUGGGCCAAACACUGUCGAGUGCCCCACAGCCCCAGGCCUUGCCCACAGCAGGUGAGGAUGAAGGGGAGAAGCUGGAGGGCAAGCAGGUGGUCCUCAUCGAUAGCUCCUACCUAUGCCAGUUCUGCCCCAGCAAGUUCAGCACUUACUUCCAGCUCAAGUCCCACAUGACCCAGCAUAAGAAUGAGCAGGUGUACAAGUGUGUGGUCAAAAGCUGCGCUCAGACCUUCCCGAAGCUCGACACAUUUCUGGAGCACAUCAAGAGCCACCAGGAGGAGCUGAGCUACCGCUGCCACCUCUGCAGCAAGGACUUCCCCUCCCUGUAUGACCUGGGCGUGCACCAGUACUCCCACAGCCUCCUGCCGCAGCACAGCCCCAAGAAGGACAGCACGGUCUACAAAUGUGUCAAAUGUGUCAACAAAUACUCUACCCCUGAGGCCCUGGAGCACCACCUACAGACUGCCACCCACAACUUCCCCUGCCCGCACUGCCAAAAGGUGUUUCCUUGCGAACGCUACCUUCGGCGUCACCUGCCCACACAUGGCAGCGGAGGCAGGUUCAAGUGCCAGGUGUGUAAGAAGUUCUUCCGGCGGGAACACUACCUCAAACUGCAUGCUCACAUCCACUCAGGGGAGAAGCCCUACAAAUGCUCAGUGUGUGAGUCCGCAUUCAACCGCAAAGACAAACUGAAGAGACACAUGUUGAUCCACGAGCCAUUCAAGAAAUACAAAUGCCCCUUCUCGACACACACAGGCUGCAGUAAGGAGUUCAACCGGCCAGAUAAGCUGAAGGCUCACAUCCUCUCCCACUCUGGCAUGAAGCUCCACAAGUGCGCCCUGUGCAGCAAGUCCUUCAGCCGCCGCGCCCACCUCGCCGAGCACCAGCGCGCCCACACGGGCAACUACAAGUUCCGCUGUGCUGGCUGCGCCAAGGGCUUUUCCCGCCACAAAUACCUCAAGGAUCACCGCUGCCGCCUCGGACCCCAAAAGGAUAAGGACCUGCAAGCCCGGCGGCCCCCCCGGAGGAGGGCCGCCCCCCGCGGCGGCAGUGGUGGUGGACACAAGGCGGUGACCCCCCUGCCUGACCCCUUGGGGCUGGAGGAGUUGAAAGACCCAGGGACUGGGCCAGUGCCCGAGGCCGCCCCAGGCAAGCCACCCUUCUCAGAGCCGGAUGCCGUGCUGUCCAUCGUAGUGGGUGGCACGGUGGGCAGUGAACCUGAGCUGGUAGUGCCUGGGCAUGCCGAGGGCCUGGGCCCCAACCUGGCACUGGCAGAGCUACAGGCAGGGGCUGAGGGCCCAUGUGCCAUGCUUGCUGUGCCUGUCUACAUCCAGGCCUCUGAGUGA